GGCGCGUGAGUCAGCGCGGGAUACACCUGGGCAGGUAGAGAGGGCAGCAGGUAGUGCGGCUUUCUCCUACCGAUAGCUGCUCCACCGCUGCUGCUGACGCCAUCGUCAGCCGGAACAAGCGCGCGCGCUCGCGCUGCAGUCCGCGAGUGUAACUACUCCCACGCGAGUGUCUCCUUUUUGUAUACGAAAAAUCCUCCGGAUAUCCAAGGCAAAGUGUCGACAGUAGUCCUCAUUAAGAUCUCCCUCGGAUUCGCCAUCGGACUGUCAUCGGAAGAAGAUCGACUCGCGAGGAAAAAGUGGCAACCACUAACCAGUGAGAGGGACACACGGAGAGAGCGAGAGAGAAGUGUUACAUCGGCGCCGGUCCACCUGGUGGCGCUGUGGUCGCGCGCGUGGAUCCGGUGACACGAACUGCGUGUCUCUGUAUACAGUGCAUGUGUGUGUGCGUGAGUUCGCAGGACUGGUUCCGCGGACCCUUUUUUUGCAAGCGAGGGGUUAUAAGAGAGUAGGGGAGAGAUAUUCGGCGGAAUUCGGACCGUUAAGGAGGAAAGAAGAAGAAGAAGAGACUUUUUGAAGUAACGGGACUGCCGUAUACACGUAUACAGGCACGGGGUUUUCCCCUACUACUACUCCGUUGUGUCGGAUUAUUGUUGCUGUAUUCUUAUACAUACUGGACGAUUCUUUUUUCUCCGAACACGUGACGCAACCUCGACGACGGCUAGAGCGAAGCUAAUGGCUCGGAACGUUGUAUAGCUGUGUGGAAUAGGUAUCUAAUUGGAAGCACUGCUGCACUAUUGUGAAGAGAUAUACGUCUGCAUUGGAAUGCGUAUCUCGCGAAAAAUAUAAGUCUACGAUCUCUCUCGCGCGUAAUUGGCCGCGCGCGUAAUAUGCGCGAAGUUGAAAAAGAAGGUCAGAUCGAAGAGCAUUUUUUCGAACGCGCCGGACACGUCGCGUUUCGAAAGUGCAUCGACAGCAGCUUCGCGACUCUUAUACACUCCUCUCUUGGUUUACUUCGGUUUCGGCAAAAGCCGCGCGCUUAAUGACAUAAUUAAUUAUAAUCGUAUGCAAUUUUUUCGGCCGACGUGACACCAAUGUCAUUAUUCCCCUAGUGAGGAAUUCUCUCAGACGCGCACGCAUGUGAUAUGUAGAAUAUCCACUAAUGAGCAGCGGCAUACGUUCCCGAGAAAGCGACGACGAUCACGACUUAUGCAAGUGUAUCGGGGCGACGAAUUAUUUUGUUCACGUAAAUGCGAGCUUCCACAAAGCUGCAUUGUAAAUAACCUGUGAUCGACUAUUCAUAAACGAUUUAUUCUCUUACCGAUCUCGAAAAAAUCGGCACCACGAUGCGCGAGGAAACCGGCGACGCCAAAUCGGCGAGCAACAACAACAACCGUCCGAUCAACGAAAAAACCGACGCCUCGUCGACGACGUCGGCGGCGACGGACGAGGAAUUCGUCGGUCCCGAAUUCGAGGAAGACGCUUACUACAGUAGCUUAGCGCCUACCCCGAGCUUCGACGAUCUCGACGACGUGAGCGACUCGGAGGAGAUCUUGGUGCACUGGCACCAGGAAGCCGGCGAAAUCGAGGAGAUCGAGGAAGCCGAUUUUAGGGAAGAACGCGAAGGUGACCAAAAGGGCACCAGGCGAGAAUUCAGGCUACUCAAAGCGAAAAUCCGAGAAAAGUCAAGGCGGCUGCUGGGACUCGUCAAAGGUGAAGAUGCCGCCCUCCACAGAAGCGGAUCGCUAUCGCCGUCCCUCGAUAACGUGGCGAACGAGCUUCAGGGGAUGACGGUAGAGGAGCAAGAACGCCAGAAGGCCGAGUGGAGCGCCGAACUCGCUAAGAUCGAGGAUGAGAUCCAGACGCUGAGGGAGGUCUUGUCGAGCAAGGUGCGAAUGGCCCACGAGCUCAAGCGGAAGCUCGGCAUCAGCGUUUGGAAGGAGCUCAGCGUCGACGUCAACCAGGGCUUGAAGAACGUCAAGGAGAGCCAAGUUUAUCAGAAUGUUGGGGAGAAACUUGGUCGGUUCACCAGGACGGUCUCCGAGAACAGUUUGUACCAGAAGACCGAGUCGGUGCUGAAGAACACGGCCGAGAAGACGACGAGUAUCCUGGGCGGUUUCGGCAGUGGACUUUCCAUGAAAAUCGGUCAGAUGAGAAAUUCCGACAGCUUCAGGUCCCUUGAGGAAAAAGUCGGCAGCGCUUACGAGAAUGUCAAGGGACGCGUGACCCCGUCGCGCAGCAAUUCGACGCAGAGCUUCGACGAGGCACUGCGGGAGGCCGGUGCCUCGAGACGAGCCUCGGCCGCACCGUCAGCCACCAGUCCUACUAUUCCCGAGGAUAAGAUGCUCUCUUAGGACGUCCGAAGCCGCAGCAGUUGUCGCAGUCCGUCCUACGGCCCACUUGGCGUCGUCGGGGAGCUUAAACGCGGGUCAGAUUUUCGUUUCGUCGAGCUCCUGCGGACGCUGUGACAGUCGAGCGAUGCUGCCUUUUAUUAUUAUUAUUAUUAGUUUUGAGAACGACGGUGAAUACUGAUUUUCCUCUUGAGUUUUGGUAUCGCUCGUCCGUCGCAGGUCCACACGGUGUUAUUACGGGAGCAAGAAGCAAAAAUGAACAAAUAAAAUUACAAAAAAAAUACAGUAGUACGAGCUCCGACAAUCUAAAAGAAUCAAUAGUACACUGAUGGACUCUGUAUUUAACCGAUCGCUGUGUUUUUUCUCCUUGUUUCAAAUGUUUCUCGCAAACUGAAAAAAAAAUCAUUGUGUACUACUACUAUCGCUAUCUACUAUUACUGCUACACACUGUGUCCGGAUUUCAAAGGGUUGUCGUAAUAAUACAUUGUAUCUUGCAUUUUUGAUGUAGCUUUGAAGGCGAGCGAAGAAAAGUACGUAGAGAAAAAGUAAAAAAACAGUUAACGAUAAUCAAGCAAAAUAUCGCUUUGGGACAAUAUUUGUGUAACGCGAAAGGUAUAACGUGUAUCUAAGUUAAAAAUGCGCGAAUGCUUUGUUAUACUCAAAGAAUAAGCGUUCAAUGCUCGAGUAUAGGCAUAAAUAUACAAGAAGAAUUGCAUUAUAUAGACUAAAGAUUCGUAGAAUUUAAAAAUAGUUGGCCGACCAAUGUGAAUUGAAUAUUAUCAAGCAUUCGACCAGAUAAAUGCGUGUAUUUAAAUCUAUAUAUGAGGGGAAAAAAUUCGAAGAAAUAUAAUGAUAAUAAUGAAAAAUAAAACUAAACAAAACAGCGAUGAUAACGAUGAUAUUUUCUACAAUUAGCUCUAAAUGUAUUCUAAGUAGAGGAUAUAAGUGACGAGAAAAUGCUAGUUCAUUUUACACGUACACAGCAAGAAUUGAUUCGAAAAUACAUAUAAAUAAUAAAACCGAGAGCAAAAAGCAUAUACGUAUACAUAUAUUUUUAGAAUUAAAAACUAUAGGGAGUCGUUGCGAGCCUUUGCCGUGAGCUUCUCAGCACUUGCAAAAGUCACCUUAAGCUAUAUAUGCUAUACAUGCCUUCUUUAGGACAACACAAACCACUUGUAUACAUUUUUCGCUUGAUCCUGAUGUCGAUCAAUAAAUUAUUUCUUCAAACAGCCACCGUCUGUGUAUACGUUGUUAUUGUCAAUGAUUUUCUCCUGCUUUAUAUAUAUUCUCCUCAACGAUUCAUUCGACAACGUGAAAAAUACUCAACUGUCAUGUACAUGAUUGCGUGUCAUUCUAUUUCUAAUUAUUAUCGGGUACUUAACAUUAUAAUUUUUCUCGAAAAUAAAAAAAAAAAUACUGUGUAUAAAUUUCGCUUGAUCGGUACGAUUAAUAAAUUUUUGUGCAAACAUUGAAA